AUGCGGAACGGGGCAGCGUGGCGGCUAACCAGACAAUUCAAAAAUGCUCCCACGUCACGAAUAUCUCCAGCGGGAGGCGCGUGCGGGUGGCGCGUGGAGCGUGGCUCGCCGAGGGAGCUGCGCCCAGCGCCCUCUAUGACGGAGCGGCGCACAGGAGCAGGCGUCACGAACACGGGAUGGACGCUCGCCCCGCGGGGGCCCUCGCCGCACCGUGAG